UGCGUAAAGACGUUGAUGACGCAACAAUGGUGCGCGUUGAUCUUGAGCGAAAGAUUGAAACCUUACGCGAAGAACUUGAAUACAACCGAAAGAUACAUGACGAAGAAAUUGAAGAUCUUAAGAAACAAAUUGCUGAACAAGGAGUUAAUAUUGAAGUUGAUGGAAUCGCUCCUGACGUUGGAGAACUUUUGCGACAGAUUAGAGCUCAAUACGAAGAUAUUGUGAUUCAGAACAGAGAUGAAGCUGAAGCUUGGUAUAAGAAGAAGUUCGAAGAUCUUGAAGAUAAAGCAAAGUCAAACCAAGGCGACCUUGAAAAGGUACAAGGAGACAUUGGAGAAUACAGAAAACAAGUUACUCAACUCGAAAUGGAGCUUGAAUCUCUUCGAGGAACGAAUGACUACUUGGAGCGCAAUCUGGCUGAUGUGGAGAAACGUUAUGAAUCAGAAGUUACAAGGUAUCAAGAUCGACUUGCUCGCAUAGGCACCGACUUGGAGCAUGCUACUGGUGAAAUGAAACGUCAUCUUGCGGAAUAUAAGCGUCUAAUGAGCGUCAAACUAUCUCUUGAGAAGGAAAUCAGAACAUACCGGCGCCUACUUGAGGGAGAAGGAGACGGAAAGCUUUCAAGCAGCUCGAGUUCGGAAAGUGAUGACGAGGUUUCUACAAAAACCAAAACUUCAAAGAAGGUUAUAAUCAAGACAAUAGAAACUAGGGAUGGCAAAAUUGUAUCUUCUAAGACAUCUGAAAAAAGAGUCGAUAGAUCCAGCGAAUCUUCAUCUUCAUCAUCUGACGAAGAAGAGUAGAAAGAAAGGAAUCUUAAACGUCCACUUGGAAACUUUUGCUUGAACAAAUCUCACAAAAAAAGAAUUUAACAAUAUUGUAGGAAACGAUCAAUAUUGAAAUAUAAGUUUUCCAAAAUCAUUCCUGACCUUCUCUCAUUAGGCCAAGCUCUCAUUAGGCCAAGGCCUCAUGAACACUCUCUACUUUCAUACUUAAUUGUGUGUAGAUCUCUGUAAUUUCACUAAUUUGGCAAAUUUUCUGAAAAAUGGCAAAGAAAAGUAAAGUCUCCCCUAACCAUAUUAAUGUCUUUAACAUUGAGCAUACGAAGAUUAACGUUAGUAUUCUAUAUAUAAGACUUAUGUCAACAUUUUUAUCAACUACUAUUGCUUUACUACGCUUCCACCAUUUUACAUAAAUCAUGGAGAAAGUUUAAGUUACAUAUGACUUAUAAUCUACAGAUAUUUUAUUACCACCUCAAUGGCAUUUUCGAGAGCAUGUAUUAUAUACUUUUAAGUAACAUCUUUAAUGCCAAAAUGUGUUUACAGAUUAGUUUAAUUAUUUGCCAAACAAACGAUCGCUGCCUUAUGUAUACAUAUAUCAAAAAAAAUAUUAUUUAGCCUUUAUUCGACUUCAUGGCUGAAACACGCCGAUAUACUGUUAAAAUAUAUUGCCCGCAUGAAAUAGUGUGUUGUAUAUAAAAAUUUAAAUUUGGGAUUUUGCUAUCGAGUUAUUCGAGAUUUAAAACUUAAUGAUCAAAUGUAAUUGAUCUUAUUAUUGAAUAACCCGAGUAAAAUAUCAUAAUACACAGA